AUUUUUUCUUGACCGUUUUCUUGAGAGCUGCAUACAGGGCUUUAGUAUCCAGCUCUUAAGAAAAUGCACAAGAAAAUGUUCGUGUUCUUUCUUCUGCUUGAAAUAGUAGUAGGCCAGUAAUUUUGAUGUUUGAUAAUGCACCGUGAAUAGUAAACAAUGGCAGAAGAAGAGCGGUAAAAAGUAAACAAAAGAAACAAUCUUUUGCCUAUGACCAAUUUGAGAUAGUUUUCACUGAUAUCGGAACAUCACUAUAUCUACCGAAGAAAUCUAUUUGUCGGACAGUCGACUUUUAAAAGCAUUAAAAUUGUACCAUUUUUUAUAUCGAAAUAUUUUCGACAUCCCUAUUUUCAAAUUGUUCUGUCUUACCAAUAUAUAAUCACACAUUCUACAAAACUAUUUUUUGCCGACUAAGACUUGAAUUAUCAAUACGGCAGUGGUGAAAAGUUCAGAUGGAUUUAUCAAAUAUAUGCCGUGCCUGUUUGUCGCCGGAAGAUCGGGUGCAUCUGCUAGAUUGGUAUCAGCCUGUUGACUCUUUGGAUAUAUCAUACAAAGAGUGUUUUUGUAAAUGUACACAAAUUAAUUUAAGUUUGAAAGAUGAUCCAAAUGGACUCGAUGAUGCCCGGAUGCAAUAUCUAUGCCUUGAUUGUGCCCAAAAACUUAAAGACGUUUAUGAUUUUAUUGAAAAGGCGAGAAGGGCUGAUAAUGAAUUACGUUGCACACAAACGGAAAAAGUGAAGAUAGAAAGUAUAGCCAACACUUUUGAAUGGGUUCCAGUACAUGAAGAGCUAAUGGAAGUAACUAAGAUGCCAGAUACUGUAGAUAUGGAUCACGUAGAGGAUAUAAAAGUAUCACCAGAAUGGAAUGAACACUUUAUGGAUGAUGAUGAAACAUCUGCAUCAAAUGAUAUCGAACACGAAAUAAAUAUUGAUAAAAAACUUAGUACUGACACUACAACAACAACAUUGUUUCUAGUUGAAUCGGAUAAGGAUAUGCAGAGCGGCAAUAACUUAAAUGAAGCUGGGCUGGUCUUAUCGAAAAAAAGUAAACAACUCAAUCUUGCUCAUACAAGACCUAAAAACGUAAAGAAAACAAACAAAGUAAAAUCCGAGGUGAAAACAAAAAAGAAAGUCAAGGACAUGUCUGAGCCGGUGAAGUGUGAAGAAUGUGGGAAAAUAAUGAAGAGAAGCUCAUUAAAAAAACAUAAGCAACGUCAUAAACCAAAAACUUUUCUUUGUCAGGCCUGCCCAAAAACAUUUAAGGAGUCAUGUGCCCUAAAAAAUCAUGAGCUCUGUCACAAUGAGAAUCGGGAAAGAUUUCCGUGCGACAUCUGUAACCAAAGCUUUUUAACUCCGUAUACAUACAAAAAACACAGGCUAACGCACGAAACCAACCGCAAACCAAUAUAUCAAUGUGCUCAGUGUGAAAAAUCAUUUCUUCAUAAAAAUGGUCUAACAAUCCACGAGCUCCAUCACAAGGGAGCUACGAUAGA